AUGGCGCAGCGAAGAGGGCCGAAGUACGAGCCCGUGUAUGCCGAUGCCGAGAACGUGGAGAUCUAUGAGGUAUUCGCUAAGCUUGGUUGCGGUGGCUACUCCACGGUGUGGCUCUGCUUCGACACGCAGAAUCAGAAAUGGAGAGCCGUCAAAGUAAUGGCCGCUGUUGUCUCGACGGAAGAUUGUGCCGAUCUCAAGAUCAUGGAAGCAUUGAAGGGGCUGAACUUGGAAGGCACCCAUAUCAUGCUGCCUAUGGGUUACUUCUGGAUCGAUGGACUGAAUGGACGUCAUCUUUGUCUUGUCCUUCCUGUUCUUGGCCCUUCCGUCAGAGAGGUCCUCCAAGAAAGCCUUACCGUUCGCAAAGAUAUCAUGUGGCAAGUUGCCCAAGGCCUGCAAUUCCUCCACGACCACAACAUCUGUCACGGCGACCUCAGGACAGACAACAUCAUGCUUCGAAUGCCCUGCUUGGAUCACAUCACAAAAGACGAGAUGGAAACCCUAUUAGAAGAACCGGAGAAGGAUGAUGUCCACACCUUGGACGAGCGAGGAGAAGACCCCGUAGCUCCAAAAUAUCUUGUCAGCGCUCAGAGGAUAAAGAUGAAGCCAGAGCUCAACGCAGCCAUCAUUGAUUUUGGGGUCUAG